AUGGUAGCGAUCCGUGGCAAGAAGGCUAAGGCGACGGCCAAGCCCAAGACAGCCAAGGCUAAGGUGGCUGCCUCCAAGGAGGCCGGGGCCACGAACGUCAUGCGCCUUACACCUCAGCAGAAGCUUGCGCACCACCGUGAAGAAGAAUUUCUGGCACUCGUGCGCUUUGCCUUGCAGAGCAAUUUGGCUCGCGGCGUUACGGAGGCCUCGGGCCAAUCCAUGAACAGUAUCUGCAAUGCGCUGCUAACGGUGCUCUGUGCACACGGCAAGGAGAAAACGCUAGCGCCAACGCAGAUCCUGGCCAAGCUGCCGCGCACGGAACGAAAGCGCGUGUGUGGCGCCAUCUUCUCGGCGGACGAGAUCGCCUACAGCUGCCGCAACUGCCAACUUGAUACCACGUGCGUUAUGUGCAAGGAUUGCUUCACACACAGCGACCACGCUGGCCACGACGUGUACUUCCAGAGAACAACCGCAGGCAGCUCCUGUGAUUGCGGAGACGUCCAUGCUUGGAAACAGAGCGGAUUCUGUUCAAAACACAAAGGGGCGGAAACGGCCGAGACAGGAGCGAAAAAACACAAGUUGCCUAAGCAUAUUGGGCAAACGGCGCCUAUUGUAAUCGAUGCAGUAGUGGAGCACAUCUACCAGGUGUUGCUGGGAACGCACUAUGGAUUUGAGUUGGCUGAGGCUUUUGAGUUGUUUACAAGAGAUAUCCCGCCAAAAUUCCUGCCGAUUCAGAGUGAUACAGAUGUGGCGGAUGUUACUGAAAGCAGAGCAGGUCUUGGAACGAGUAGAGAUAGUUCUGCAGCGGAGUCGACUCGGUCUACAAGACUUUCGGCACAGUUCACAGCUGAUCCUGGAUCCAGAGCCAUCGGACCUGGCGGCAGGCUCGAGGCACAGACUAACGAAGCUGACCACAAGACUACAAGCUCUGAGGACGACUCAAAGGCUGGAGUGCUCUUUGGUAUUGGACUGCACAAUGACGACGUUCACUCAGUCAACGAAGUGGUCAAUCAUUUGUACGUGGAGUUAGGCAUGUCCAAGCCGCAAGCGCGCUCUGCAGUCAGCCAAGUAGAUGAUCUAGGCGAUGCGACUGUGGCAACAAAGUCGCUGCUGUUGUGUCCUGGCAUUGUCGGAAACCUGAUGCGUCGGUCUUUAAAUAUGUCUGUCUCUCCUAUGUGGUGGGAGAAACAAAUGGAGGGUGUCCCCGCUCUUCUGGAGUGGCUGCAGUCUGUGAGUACCACAUCGGAUGGACUCAGCGAGCUCGUGUCUGAAGCUCUUCAGAAACAGCGAUCAUCUGCUCUUAGAGGGUUUCUACCGGUAUCAGGCAGUUUACCCAAGGGCAAGACGAUUCAGCAAUUUGUGAAGGAACAUAACAUUCGACUGCACAAUCAUGCGUUGGAUGUGCUCGUUGCCUUGAUCUCCGGGGACAAGGACGUCUUCACGUGGGCACGAGACGAAGAAGCAGCUCAGCAGCAGCGAUUUGAUUUUCGUGUUGAAGGCAACACAACUGCAGUGGCGUCGACCGGGUUCCUCGCUGAAGGGAAUCACGUUAGUUGCAAGAACAUAUUUAUUGAGGAGUUUGUCAAAGCAGUGUCGCUGAGUUCCUCGUAUCGUCGUCACGAGAGUGUCCGGAAAAGUUUUGACGCUGUGGUCGCCAAGUAUUUCACGUCGGGGCAAACAACCAAUUCGGGCGCCUCGACUAACACGCUGUCAGCUCUGAUGCUUCUAAUGCGAUACGAUUGCACCCUACGGAAGACUGCAGUGGAGAAAUCGCACUCCUUUUUGCGCGAACACUUGGUAGAUAUCCAGUUUCGUGCUAGCAUGCUGGAGGCAUAUUUGCGAUCGUACUCCUCGAUGACGAGCAUGUUCCUUCGUGGAUUGGGCAAUUCCAGUGAUUCCAUUUUCGAUUUUGCCGUGCAGUUUUUAACUGUACCUCAUCUGGUGCAAAAGUACACGAAGAAGGAAACCUCUGCUCACCCUGAACGGCUAGAGUUGAUUCGGGAAUUGCUGUGUGCUCUUAACACAGUGUUCCAGUCUGCUGUCGAUGAAAAGGAUGGGAAACUCAACGCUGACCACCCUGCUUUGAGCAGCCAGAAGUACAAGCAUUGCGUGGAGAACAUGGAAUACGUUUUCAAUAUCGGCACGUUGUCCAACGAACUGGUGUGCAACGCGGACAAUAUGAAGAUUUGGCUGUCAUGUUUGGGUAUCCUGCAGGGCGGCGAUGCUCAAGUGCGACGAGGAAUUCAUCAAAAUCACGUGGAAUACGAAUCAGACAGCUGGUUGUCAAUGUUCAAUCUCGGCAUCCGUGUCCAUUCGGUAUUCGCGAUCUCCUGGAAUGGAUUUAGCCCGUCCCAGUUUGAAGCACCGGAAGGGAAAGUAGCGGAGAUAUUUGGCCCGAUUAUCGACGCCACUCUUUCAUCGUCAGCCCGACUCAAUGAAAGGGUGGCGAAAAAGACGCUGGUUCCAGUGGCAAAGCUUGCGUCUAUGGGAAAAAGAGGAGCUGGAGGUCGAGAAAAAAGCAUCAUGGCGUACGACUUCAAUGUAGCGUCUCAACCAACCUCUCUGCACAUCCCUCUGCACCGCUUCCUGACCGCGGCAGUGCGGCAUAUUUGCAUUAGCCAGGCAGGUUUAGGAAGCUCAAUUCCCUCGGACGGCCUUUUGAAGGUGUUUGGCUUUGACAAAUUGUCGGCUGACAAGAAAUGGGAACUUGUGGAAAUGCCCCUUCGCUGUUUAGUGAUGGCAUCCCAGAUCCACUCGAAUUUGUGGCGCAGAAACGGAGAUGAAAACAUGCUGGCGCAACUGUACAAUUACUCGGCGUUGCCGUACUGCAUUCACUACCGUGACGCUGACACGCUGAUGCUGCAGCUCGGUGUCCUCAUGACUGGUCCGGAUGCCCUUGUGGCUCGUAUGGUUGAUCGAUUCCAGUUGGGCAGCUAUUUCAUUCUACCCAAUGGGUCCAACAUGAAUGGCCCAGACGAUUUGGUGAAGGAGUUCGGGUAUGCAGAGCUAGAACAAGGAAUCGAUGAGCAACAACGUCUUCAAAUGCUGGAAGAAUUUCUGCGUCUCGUGAUUAUUCUUGGUACAAGUCUCCCAAGCGCUACUGGAUCGACCUACGACAAUGAAUUUCUGGCGGAAGAGAUGUUGCAGCAGUUAUGCUCAAAGUCACAGUGUUUUAGCAAGCUGUUUGACCUUGCUAUCCUGCCGUCAGGUCAAGACGACAUUCCAACUGCACGGCUACAAAGCGUUCUUGCAAAGGUGUCCAACUUUGUGCCACCGUCGGGACUGGAACCUGGCCGAUACGAAUUGAAGGAGGGUCUUCUGGAGAGCUACAACCCGUACUUCCUCCAUCUGAACCGCGAAGCACAUGAGCUAGCACGUGAUCGUUGGACGACCUAUCGCAAUGCAUAUCGUCAAAAGGCGAAGAAAGCAAGCCCAGAUGCGCCUCCGAAGGAACCGCUGAAGCCUGCGAAACCUCCCGUUGCCUUCCUUCGUCCAGCCCAAGCGAUUCUGACGUGUGAAAGUACUAUGGCGAUUGCGCAGGUUAUUCUGUGGAGGGUCAUUUCCUCAGCGCACACUGGAUCUGCACCCGCAAAAGGCUCGGAGAACAGCGUCUCUGAUGCUGUAAUCUCGACCUGUUUGCACUUGCUGGUGCAUGGUGCGCACACGGCGUCGCAGUCUUCAGACCGCCGUUUCUGGACGCGCUUAAGCAAACUGAGCGCUGCUACCUCCAAGUUGUCGGUGCUUCAUCUGUUGAGUCAAUUGCUCGAACAAGCAACCACGCUGCUCGAUAACGAACAAACUGGAACGGUCGAAUGGCUCAUUUGGAAGUUCAGUUCAGAGUCUCCUGCUUGCAGAAAAGUAUUCGAGCAAUUGUCAAAUGACGCCACGUCGAAGCAAAAGAAGAGCGAAUCAUCACCUGCGGCUACAAGUGGCUCGACACUGAGCGGUAAUUCUCCGCCCAUGACGUUGGAGCAACGCAAGAUGGAGGCUAGGAAGAGAGCGAUGGCUGCGAUGGCAAAACGUCAGGCUGCUUUCCAGGCGAUGAAAGUGGAGAACAAGCGGUGCUACAACUGCAUUCUCUGCCAUGACAGCUCGCAACAGGGUCAAAUGGGAAUGGCGGCCUACGUCCAUCAGUCUACUGUUCUAGCUCCAGGAUUCAGACCCGAGCCUAACGAAGCUCUCGGUCCAGAGGGGAAGAAGGUUCGUAGUCACGUGAAGAAGGUUAUCGAGAAGAUGGAAUUGUGUUCAGGUGGCAGCUCGACCUCGUCCGAUAUGCCAAACUCCCCGUCGCCUACUCUGCGUGCUUUCGCGACAUCGUUCCCGGAAUGGUACAUGGAUGGCUCACUGGAGGACCAACUUACUCGUAACAACACGGCACAGAAUAGUCCUCGUCCGUCUGCUGCUCGUCGCCCUCGCAAUGAUCGCAUUCGCUUUGGCAAUGGAAAUAUCCCGAUGCUUGAAGGCGAGCUAUUGCAGACAGAUGAAGAGCUAGAGGUUCUUGAAGGCGUUCUCGACCUUCGUGAAGAUCAGCAGCUCUUUCCGAUGGAUAUGCGUGGCGCUGUGAGCUUAGACUUGCGCGGUAAUCGAGUAGAGCCUCGUCGAUUGGGUGGGCGUGAAAUGGUUGGAGCCAGAGGUGGCAACAUGCGUGCUCAAGGCAGACCGAUGUAUGACAGCGAUGAUGAAGACUUUGAAGAUCGAUUCCAUUUAGAGCGUCUGCCGCCCGGGUUUGGUCGACCUCACGAGAGUGCCAAGCUCUAUCUCACUCCGUGUGGACUGCACGUUCGUACAUGCCAACAUGCCGUGCACGUCAACUGUCUAGAACGGUAUAUCACGUCACUGCAUAACAAGGCAAUGCGCGGUGAAGAGUUCGAUGGCGUUCAAGCUAUUGAUCCGGAUUCAGCGAUGACACAGUUCCUGUGUCCGCUGUGCAAAACGUUGAGCAAUUUCUUGAUCCCAACGUCUGAGCCACGGAUCUCGAUAGGGAAGGAAGACGAACGGGAGCAGAAGCGUCCUGCUGUGGCGCUGACAGGAGAUGAGGAAGAAAAAUCUCCUGUCUGGGACAAGAUCGUGGAAGACCAGUUGUCGAUGCCCGGCUGGUACCGCUCCGUACUGGGACGCGAUGGGGGAUUUGAAGACGAUGAGAACGACACAGAACAUGAUAUGUGGCGAGAUUACUUUGAGGAUACGUUAUGGGAGCCUCAUGGGAGUCUGGAAAAGGGCGCUCCUUUCUUGUGGGCUUCGUGCGCGUAUACUUUGGCGUCAUUUUUGACUGUUGCUGAAGAUGAACACCAGAGUAUCUCCAGCAGCAACGUACCGUUCGAUCCGCUAACAGACCAAUGCCCUCCGUCUCUUGAGAAGGAGCUAGAGUCGUUAACAUCUGUGACGAAGUUCUGUCGAUGGACAUGUUCACUCUUGGAGCACUGUGCCGAUGCCAAGGUGAUUUGGGAGGCUGCUAAACGCUGUUGCCCGAUCAAUACCGAGACCAAGCGUGAAUACCGCAAAUUCACAAAGGUGCUUGGCUCGAUCGAUGCUUGCCUUCGGGGUACCAUCUUAGGUCUGCUAGUAGCGGAUACAUUCACGGCUUUCGUGGUGGCCAGCGUGAUAGCAGAUGAACUUGAAACAAUUUGGCGGUUCAUGCCUGUGUUUACUGCUGCGGACUUAUUGCAGCGUCUGCAUGCUGAGUUUUUCGAGCCUACUAAGAUGGAGGGAACAUCGCUAUUUCAAGAUAAGUUCUCGCUUGUUGCUGCCAGUGAAAGCGGGGACUCCGGACAGCCAGCAGCAGUGGAGGGAAACGUCACGGCGUUAGAUCCACGCCGCACAAGAAGUGGCCGUGCCAUUAGCCCGAUAGAGCCAACUCGGUCGUCUAAUGCUAAUGGUUCUGCUCAGCAGCUGAUGGAAGUGAUGGAGGUAUCUGGCGAAGCGGAGUCUGACGCGUAUGCCGCGCUUCAGUUGUUGCAGCGAAUGGCGAAGGCGCACCCAACUGAGAAACUCAAGCCAUUCACAACAGUAGCAGAUGUUAAGGCACGCCUGCAACGUAUCCUACCGGCCAAUGCUUCGUUUGUUCGCCGUAUGAAGCUCUUCUGGCGCUGCCUGGUGGAUGGAGAAAGCAGUUUUUCAGCUACAAGCAGAACGAUGCAAAUCCCCACGUUAGUCGACAUAGCUCACUGUUCAGACGCGACGUUCGAUCAAAUCUGGCACUGGUGCAUGGAUCGCAUGCUCAGCAAGACCCACCUGGGCAGCUCAAAGGUUGGCGACAAGUGUGAACACACGGAAGGUUGCAGCGAGGCCUAUGUCGCCAGCAUGUUUAUCCUGCGCGAGGUUCCCACUCGUCCACGUCUGAUCGACUUGCCGGUUCAGUACGAUGAAUUGUACAGCGAGAUGGCAGGCCGCAAGUGCACGCGAUGUGAGAAGGCACCUUGCGACCCAGGUCUGUGUUUGAUUUGUGGUGAGUAUCUGUGCUGUGGAGACUCGUGCUGUACACGUGCGUUCAUGCCUCAUGGGCCACCAGUGGGAGAAUGCACUCGUCACGCCGCUGAGUGUGGAGGCGGUGUAGGCAUUGUUCUGUUGCUAGAACAGUGUCGUAUUGCGAUUGUUGGAGGCAGCAUGGCAGCGUACUUCCCCAGUCCGUACGUUGAUGCUCAUGGUGAAGAAGACAUUGGGCUUCAGCGUGGACGCCCGCUUCGAUUAGACAUGAGUCGCUACAGGUACCUGGAGUCGCUGUGGCUCAACCACCGUAUCUUCACCGAAGUAUCACGUCAACGCAAUCAGCGAGACCCACAGUAUACGAUCAACUUGUCGUAUCUGUAG